UCUGCCACUGCUGGGUCCGACUCCGCUUGGCGACAUCGGCUACUGAGGGGGGUUGUUUUGAUUAAGGUUGACGGAUUUUUCCCCCCCUUCUUGUUUCCAUUCCCGUACGGUUGCGUUGAAAUCCAAGAUGUUCGAUGCGCUCCCUAAGCGUUCAACCCUCGGCUGUUCUUCACAUUACCGACGGACAAAUAAACUUGGGAAUAACCGAUCUUAAAACGGAGAGGAGCAACUUUUUUCAACUGCCGUACUAGUAAACGGGCUGACCUAUGCUAAGCUAACCCAUUAGCCAAAAGUCUUGAAUUUAUCGUUAAAAGUCCACAAACGAACAAGCGAACUUUACAUCAGGCGAUUACGCGACUAGAUGAGAUUUACUGGCAACUUUGACAAGGAAACCUGCCCCGCGGAAGCUCUCUUUAUUUGGGUCGGAGUGGCCGGUGCAGGUGCACCUCUUGCGGCACCUGCGAAAACUUGGUAAUUUAGCUGCAUCGGUAGAGAGCUAACUUUAGCUUGUUCAUGUUAGCAUGAAGCAAAGGCAGAGGCUAUGCCUUGGAACAAAUUUUCUCUCGGAGCUGAUAGUUUUUGAGGUUAAAGACUUGAAUUGUUAAGUUCUAACUUUAUAUUGCUCUUUAGUCGUCAGACCAGAGAGUGGUGACACUAACUAAAAAGUAUUUCGGCUAGUCUUAGCCAGCAACCCCGCUAGCUAGUUACUGACCCUCAUACACUUUUACCGGAGUGGCGACGUGGAUACAGGGUUGUAGACGCACUCUCCCACAGGACUUUGGACACGGUUUGACCCUGUCGUGGGCUGCGCAGGGACUUCCCCCUCUGUUCUCAUCAGCUAGCCUCAUAGAUGUGACAGCAUGCGGAUUUCAAAAAGUUACCUCCUACCGUUUUAAAGUUUUCGUUUUGUUCUAAAAGCUCUGCACCCUAUGGUGCCGCUACGGCCACCGAGAAAUGGAUGUCUCGCAGGCCGCUUUCCCAAACGGUGAAGGGCGGCCGGGCGGCGGUGGGACCGGGGAGCAUGCCUGGACAGAGUCACCCACAGUUCGAGCGUGGGCUCAUUCUGCCCCGCUCUGCCCGACUCUGUCCCUGUGGACAGCCGCGUACGACUACGAGGCAAGCGGCGAGGACGAGCUCAGUCUCCGGCGAGGAGACGUUGUGGAGGUCCUGUCCAAGGACGCAGCGAUCUCCGGGGACGAGGGGUGGUGGACGGGUAAAAUCAACCACCGGGUCGGGAUUUUCCCUUCAAACUAUGUCACCUACCAGCCCGCUAUUUACCGUCUCCCAUCUACGAGCGGGUCAGCGGGGGCACAAGAGCAAGUCCCGAGCUCGCCCGUCCAGAUUCCCUUCAGUGAACUGGUACUAGAGGAGAUCAUCGGCGUGGGUGGAUUUGGCAAAGUUUACCGGGGCACAUGGAAAGGAAACCAAGAGGUUGCCGUGAAGGCGGCUCGGCAAGACCCAGACGAGGACAUAACAGCCACCGCCGCCAGUGUUAAGCAAGAGGCAAAACUUUUCUCCAUGCUGCAGCACCCCAACAUUAUUAAACUGGAAGGAGUGUGUUUGGAAGAGCCCAACCUGUGUCUGGUUAUGGAGUAUGCCCGAGGCGGGACACUGAACCGGGCGUUGACCGGAAGGCGCAUCCCUCCACACAUCCUGGUCAACUGGGCCGUGCAGAUUGCACGCGGGAUGCACUAUCUACACGAGGAGGCCGUGGUACCCAUUAUACAUCGUGACCUGAAGUCUAGUAACAUUUUAUUACUUGAAAAGAUUGAGAAUGACGACAUCGGGCGGAAGACCUUGAAGAUUACAGAUUUUGGCCUGGCCAGGGAGUGGCACAAAACCACAAAAAUGUCAGCGGCAGGCACCUACUCCUGGAUGGCCCCUGAGGUCAUUAAGUCAUCACUCUUCUCCAAAGGCAGCGAUGUCUGGAGCUAUGGUGUCUUGCUGUGGGAGCUGUUAACAGGGGAGGUGCCAUACCGAGGGAUAGAUGGCCUUGCUGUUGCUUACGGCGUGGCAGUAAAUAAGUUAACUCUUCCAAUCCCCUCCACUUGCCCUGAACCCUUCUCCAAGCUCAUGGAAGAGUGUUGGGACCAGGACCCCCAUGUGCGUCCCUCCUUCUCCUGCAUCCUGGAACAGCUGUCUGCCAUCGAGGAGGCCGUGAUGGCCACUAUGCCCCAGGACUCCUUUCACAGCAUGCAGGACGACUGGCGCGUGGAGAUCCAGGCAAUGUUUGAUGAGCUCAGGACCAGAGAGAAGGAGUUACGUUCCAGGGAAGAGGAGUUGACACGGGCCGCCCUCCAGCAGAAGUCUCAGGAGGAGCUGCUGAAGCGCCGGGAGCAGCAGCUGGCGGAGCGAGAGAUCAACGUGCUGGAGAGAGAGCUCAACAUCCUCAUUUUCCAGCUCAACAAAGACAAGCCCAACGUGAAGAAGAGGAAGGGAAAAUUCAAACGUUCCCGCCUCAAACUGAAGGAUGGAAACCGCAUUAGCCUGCCCUCAGACUUCCAGCAUAAGAUCACCGUGCAGGCAUCGCCUUCCAUGGACAAGAGACGUAGUCUUCAUAGCACCAGCUCCUCUCCUCCCAGCAGUCCCACACUCAUCCCUCGGCUUCGAGCCAUUCAGCUUACCCAAGAUGAGAGCAACCGAACAUGGGGCCGCAGCACCCUCUUCAGGCCAGAGGAGUUUGAUGAUGUGAAAAAGGGAAUCAAGAAGAAAGGAAGAACCUGGGGCCCCAGUUCAGUACAGAGCAAAGAAAGGCCUGCUGCUGCUGAGAGAGUGCGACCUCUGUCAGACGGCAGUAACCCCUGGUCCACCAGCCUGAUGAAGCCACAGAGGUCUGUCCCUCUCGCUGCCCUGUUUGCCGAUCAAGCGGGGGCAGGUAAAGACGAGGCAUUUGCCCAGGAAUGUCCCGACAGCAGCUCCAAACCAAAGCAGCUCAAGUUCCCCAACCAGGUGUACAUCGAUCUACCUCUGUGGAGGGACGACCAGCAGCCUCAGAGCCCCGGUGGGCAUUGUGGGCCGGGAGAUUCCGGGGUCGGAGGAACAGCUGGUCAGGGUGGCCCACAAGAGAACCCAGACGACCCCUACACCACCACAUCCACCUCGUCCACUUCCACCACCCCGCAGCUCACCCCCACCAACAGCCUGAAGCGAACGUCAGCUCGCCGCAAGACUGACUCUGUGCUGUACGGCUGCGGCUCGUUGCUGGCUUCAGUCGUGCUCGGCUACGACAUCAGGGAGGCGCUCAGAAACUCAGCCCCCGGCGAAGACUGCGAGCCCCAGCGCGAGGAGAAAGAGAAAAAGAAGAAGGAGGGCCUGUUUCAGCGCGCAACCCGGUUCCGACGCAGCACGUCACCGCCGAGCGGGCGCUCCCGCAAAGACGAGGCCUCAUCAAACCACGCUUCCACCCAACCUGUCAAUCUCAUCUCCAUGUCAGCCAUUAUGGAAUGCAACUCCACCAAGUGUCUCUUACAGUCUGAGGCAGAGGUGUCUGAGUCCAGCCCUGGCAAAGUUGAGCGUGUGGUUGUCAAUCAUCAUACAGAGCCAUACAGACCAGGCCCGGCAGCAUCCACAGAAGGCCAGAGUAACAGGACUGCAGCUAAAACACAGACACCAGUGCAAACCCAAAGCCAGCCACCAGAGCAGAGCAACCAUAAUACAGGGACACGACUACGCAGAAAGAAGUACACCACCAACCACAACACCAACGGCCCUCCCACUCUGCCUCCUCCAGCCCCACAGAAGAAGCAGGAGAAAGAAAAGGACGGAGCAUCAGAGAAGCCCUCCGGCGGGGAGGCCUUCUCCAGACCGCGGCCCGUGUCUUUCCGGGCCAAGCCCCACGCAUGGGCCCUGCUGCGAGGACGCAACAAGAGCUACUCACUGGGCCACUACUCUGGAGAGAAGACGGCACAAAACCUAAACAUGGUGCUGUCGUCAGAGGUGGGCUGCUCCCUGCUGGACAUGGACACAGAAGGCCAGAAACGAGACUGCACUGUGCCGCUCUGCCGCAUUCAGAGUUCUCCGGCACGGCCUUCUGUGUUUGAGCUGGAGAAAGAGUUCCUCUCUUAGGAGCCUUAACAAUUCAUCUGCUGUGGUCAUAGUUAUUCCAUACAAUCUAGAGCUUUCCAGAACAUACAGACAGAAUUUUUUGGCCUAGAACUCCUGGAGGGUUUAGAACCAGGCUGCCUUUUUAAAAAAAAGUUCUAUAAUAUAGAACCCAGCUUCAUCUUAGUUCUAGAACAUAGUCAUGUCAGUGUUCUAGAGCAUAACCAAGUCUGAGAAUUCUAGAAGACAUCUGUAUCACGGGAGUUCUAGAAUGUGCACCUUUAUCUCAGUUUGAGGAUGGUCUUACUACGUGCGAGGCCUUACACACUGCCGUGUCUCAUUCUAGAACACACAUACACAUAAUUCUAAAACCUGAGCAGAACAUUCAAGAGCUGGAUCAGCAGCUCUUCCUCUGAUCCCUCGGUGCUCAACUGCCACCCGUGUUCACUCGUGUCUCUAUCUCUCUCUGUCUCUCUCCCUUUGUCACCCUCUUCCUUUCUCAUUCUGUCGGUGCAGCUAAACGUUGACCGCUGCUGCAGCUUUCGCAACACAAUACCCUCACCUUUUUAUUUAUAUAUAUAUUUUUAUAGGUAAUUUAAUAUGAAAAGACUUGACCUUACCUUAGCAACCAGCAGGACAUACAUUCCAUGUCAGUUUCGAAGUUGUGCGAUCACGCUUUUAGAUUUUUUUUGACUUGAGAAUCAUGCAUGCAUGUAAGCUUAAAAUGUUGAACAAAAAAAAAAUCAUUAUGCCUUGUUUGUAAAUAUUUCUUUUUAUCCAUUAUCAGCCUAAUGCUGGCAGAUGUUUUGUAUCGUAUAUAUAUGCUGUUUUAUGACUGUUUUAAAAGUCAGCGUUGCUGCAGUACAGUUUGUGCUUAAGGGACAGGUUACAUACUGGAUCGGAGGUAUGUUUCCUCCCAGAAUGCCCUGAAGAUUUUAGAGAUGCAGGUAGAAAAACACUGAAAGUCUUACAAAGCAGACUUGGAAUCUUUUCACUUAAAACUCGGGAUGAUUUGACUGUUGCUAUCAUGUGUUGCUAAUAUGGAUUUUUCUAAGAGUAUUUAUAGAAAAGUUUUUUUGGUUAAUAUUAAGUAUACACAGCACACUGCAGCAGAGUGUUCGCCAUGAAUGUUUGUGUCAGAAAAACCUGCCCGCAAAUCACUGAAUUUAUAAUCUAAUCCCCUUGAUGACAGCUGAUUGGCUGGACCUGAAGUUGUGGACAGAUUACCACACAGCCCAGGAGUGGCCACAUGGGAGAAUUUUUAUUUUAAGAUGCUGUGGAGAAUUACACAAAAUGGCUAUACCUGUACCAUAAACCAGAUUCACCCUGUGCCUUUAAAUACAAAAGGAUAAUUAUGUCUAAUUAAUGUCCUUAUUCCGUAUUAUCAUGUGCACACUAUUUUAUAAUUUAUGCAAAGAAGUUCGUUUUUCUUCUCAGCUUAACUUUGACUUGAUUACUCAGCUUGUACAAUUUCACCACAUCGCUGUCAUUCAUUCAAUAGACCUAAGUGCACUGUUAACAUUUAAUUUCUGUUUGUUCACUUUUUGAGUAACAUAUUAAGCAUUAACAACCCACGUAGCUAAAUUUCUUAUCAAGCUCAGGAAGGUCUGGAAACAUGUGAGUUCAGACUUUGACUAAAGACGGUGAAGACACAGUUUGCCUUUCAUUAUUAUACUGUAAACUUAAAGCCAGUUUAUUUGGCUUCCUCAAGAUUAAUAAAGGGCUCAUGACACGUUCAGGACCUCUGUAAAUUUGAUGUUAUAGAGGUCUCUCUAUGCAGGAUAUAUACCAUGGUCACUCCUGGGCUUCUUCUCCAAAACCAACAAAAUAACUUAACACCCAUUCUUAAAUGUUAACUGAUGAUUAUAUUCCUCCAGUUUUUUAUCGCUGUUUUACUUCUGUCUGUUUUUGAGAGUUCAUUAGAAAAUGUGUCCCACUUUUGAAGGACAAAACAAGGGCUCAUUUAUAAUAAGAAUGGUGUAAAUAUAAUUGUGAUUCCUGAUGUGUGUAUCACUGUGGCAUCUUAUGAUGAUGUAGAAUGUGAAGUAUCCCAUGUUCUGUACUUUGUGACCGCUGACUUUCAAACCAGGUCCAACACUGUAAAGGCCUUGCUAAUCUAAUCAUCAAGCUGUUAAAGGUGCAGUUUACAAACCACUGGAUUUACCCAUUUUUUAAAAAAGAAUUAAGGGUAUCUGUAAAUACCACAAUGCACUGGUACUGUACAUUCCCCUUAAAAUAAUGUAUUUUACUUUGAAGCUGAAGUCUGCAGUUGGGGGUUUUGUCUGUUACGGUUAAAGAUGACUCGACAUACCCAAAUAAACAUUCCACUGUUUUUGACAAACUGCAGCGAUAAUAUCUGUGAAACCAGUCUAUCGAUAUGGUGCAUUCAGGCUUCUGGCUAUGGGACCAAAUUCACCUCUACCAGCACUAAGGCCUCUCUGUCUUCAGGACCAAAACCACUAAAUGAACUAGCUGCUAGUGAGGAGUUCUUGCAAAGAAAAGUGCUCCGUAUGAAAACUUCACACACAACCUCAGAGGCGCGGUGCAGAGCUAUUGCUGAAAGACCCCCGUCACCUUCUGAUCAAAUAACAAGACUUCCUUUAAAUCACUGAACACUUCUGUCACACUGAAUGUGUCAGAUUUAGCUUUGAGUACAUCUGUUUCAGUGAACCUUUUUUUUUUUUUUGUUAUCAUUACAGUAUUGGCUCUUUCACGCCUGAUUGAUCAAGAGUAUCAAGUUUGUCAACAUUUUGAAUAAAGUCUACAUCAAGACUAACAUUGCCUUUUUGUUUUCCUUUUUUAGGCUAAAAGGACCACAAGUAUUUGCUUCUGUUUUUAUGAGGGAGGAAGGAUUCAGAUCAAGUCAAGUAGCAAUACCACAAGGUAAAAAUACUCCAUUACAAGUUACUUAUUAAAAAAUCGUACAAGCUGCAUUGCAUUAUGUUGACAGGUGUUCCUAUUAUUUUGUCCACCCUAUUCAAAUCAGUUAGGCAUGGCUAAACAACAGACUCUCCUCUUAAUAUAAUGCAAUACAGUUCAGCAGCAACAAAAAUGAGCAUUAUAACCUUGAUGGAUGUAGUAGAACUGCAAUUGGAACUAAUGGCCUGAGUGCCACAGACAGGAUAGGGAAGUCAAAUAGUGCUGAGAUAUAUUGUUGAUCAUCCUUUUGUGCCAUUUGUUGACAAUAAAACAAAAAGUUUCCUACAACUAAAAAAAGUUCAUCUAAAUCCAUGAGAGAAAGAAUUGAGCAGUGCAAACAGUGUCUGUGGCUUUUAUUUGUGACGAGGCACAUGCAGCAAGAACCGCUUCUUCACAGUAAUGCUAAUUCAAUUUUAAGAAAAGCUCUGUGAUAAAAGCUAACUAAAAGAUUACAUUCAUUGAUCCUCGUGGGCUGAUCUGGAUAUAAACCAGCUUUGGCUGCACUGGUCAGUUGAGUGUUGAGGUAACUUCUGCAAACUAUUAAAAUAGAUCAGUUUUGGUCCUAAACUGAGUAAAUUAUCUGUACUAUUAUUAUUAUUAUUAUGUUUAAAUAGAUAAACUUUAUUGGUACCCAGGGGGAAGAUCAAAAGCAGCAGUAAGCAGCAGCAAGCCUAAACUUUAGGCUUAAAUAUCAUUUAGCUUUAAUGCAACAAUAUAGCCAAUUAUUGUGAUAAUCCUAGUAAGCUGUUUCAAAUGUAGAUAGAAAAGUAAAGACCAAAAUAAAAUAAGAUUUCUACAUAACCUUUGACAAAGCUAUUAAUUUAACUUAAAAAAAAAAAAAAAAGAAAA